AUGAGUGAGAAAUGGGACUCAAACUCUUCAGAAAACUGGCAUUAUAUUUGGAGUGUCAAUGGCACAAAAUAUCACCUAUACUCAGAUAUCAAUAUUACCUAUGUGAACUACUAUCUUCACCAGCCUCAAGUAGCAGCAGUCUUCAUCACUUCCUACUUCCUCAUCUUCUUCCUGUGCAUGGUGGGAAAUACCGUGGUUUGCUUUACUGUAAUGAGGAACAAGCAUAUGCACACAGUCACUAAUCUCUUUAUCUUGAACCUGGCAAUAAGUGAUUUACUGGUUGGCAUAUUUUGUAUGCCUAUCACGCUCCUGGACAACAUCAUAGCAGGAUGGCCCUUUGGAAGCACAAUGUGCAAGAUCAGCGGAUUCAUUCAGGGAAUAUCAGUUGCAGCAUCAGUCUUUACUUUAGUUGCGAUAGCUGUGGAUAGGUUCCGCUGUGUUGUCUAUCCUUUUAAGCCAAAGCUCACUAUUAAGACAGCAUCUGUCAUUAUUGUGAUCAUCUGGGUCCUGGCCAUUGCCAUUAUGUCCCCAUCUGCAAUAAUGUUACAUGUACAAGAAGAAAAAUAUUACCAAGUGAGACUCAACUCCCAGAAUAAAACCAGUCCAGUCUACUGGUGCCGGGAAGACUGGCCAAAUCAGGAAAUGAGGAAGAUCUACACCACUGUGCUGUUCGCCAACAUCUACCUGGCUCCCCUGUCCCUCAUUGUCAUCAUGUAUGGAAGGAUUGGAAUUUCACUCUUCAAGAUGACAGUGCCCCACACAGGCAAACAGAACCAGGAGCAGUGGCAUGUGGUGUCCAAGAAGAAACAGAAGGUCAUUAAGAUGCUCCUGAUUGUGGCUCUGCUUUUUAUUCUCUCCUGGCUGCCUCUGUGGACACUGAUGAUGCUCUCAGACUAUGCUGACCUGUCUCCAAAUGAACUGCAGGUUAUCAACAUCUACAUCUACCCGUUUGCACAUUGGCUGGCCUUUUGCAAUAGCAGCGUCAACCCCAUCAUUUAUGGUUUCUUCAAUGAGAAUUUUCACCGUGCAUUCCAAGAUGCUUUUCACUUCCAGCUCUGCCAAAAAAGAGCAAAGCCCAAGGAAACCUAUACCGUAAGAGCUAAAAACAAUGUGAUCAUAAGUACAUCUCAUCAGUUAGCCCCAGGACCUGCAAUUCAAAAUUCACAUGAGGAAAAUUUGCUUUGUAGGAAAAGUGCUGAAAAACCCAACCAAGAAUUAAUGAUGGAAGAAUUAGGGGGAGUCACCCAGAGCAAUGAGAUUUUAAAAGAGCUGGUAUGA